CCAUCUCUGAGCGCUGGGAGCAGUGUAAGAUUUCAGCGAGUUUUCCCCCUUUGUGCCUGAAUUCAGUCGCUGAGGAUGGGUUUGCUGACGGAGGAAGCAAGACAGCGGCGGCUGGUGGCUGCCGUGAGCAGGUUUGAGGUGCCAGUGCUGGUGCUUCUGACUUGCGUUGGCAUUGCCUCGUUGGGUCUCAUGUGCUUGGACGAUGUGAACGAGCCCGUGCACCAACAAGAGAAUGCGCUCAUCACGGGCGCCGCUGGCCCGAGUAACUGUUACUCGGGAGAUGGCACUGGCAGCAAUGGGGCUGGCGGAUGCCCUUGCACACACAGGUCUCGACACACAUGCCAUUGCGGACGAGCUGCAGCAGCGGGGGCUGCGCCCUGUCAUGCACAACUUCACGUCAGAUAGUUCCAACGUGUACUCGAUCGUGCGGUCUUCGCGGGGUGACGGCACCGAGGGCAUGGUGUUGCACGCGCCUCUGGAGCCAGGCAACGCCAACGGCGUUGCCAGUGCCGUAAUUCUCGCCCAGCACAUCGCAGGCCAAUCCUUCUGGGCCAAGGAUGUUGUGCUGUUGUUCACGUCGCAGGGACACGCAGGGGCGCUCGCUUGGACGCAGGCUCACUUGAAUGGCAAGCUGCCCGUCCCUGUUCCAGCGGCGCUUGAGUCCGGGCUGACAGUGGCUGCAUCACAGCCCACCUUUGAUGCCAUCCAUCUGGACCUGAUGGGAUUCAAUGGUCAGAUGCCCAACAUGGACUUGGUCCUCGUCCUCAUGGCGUCCCGCCUGCCAACCACAGUCGGGCAUCAGGUGCAGACAUCUGCGCGUUCGACAUCCGUAUUUGAAACACAGCUGGAUGUCCUCGGCAAAUCGCUCUUGCAGCAGGCCACGUGUCUGCCCAGUGGAUACCAUGCCGCGCUGCUGAACGAGAACAUCCCAAUUUUCACGGUCCGCACUGUACCAAUGCGCUCGCCUUCCGAGCAUUCCCAAUCGAGAAAGGGGCGGUACCACCUGCAGCAGUACCUGGGCCUGCUGGAGGGCGCCUUGCGCUCCAUGAACAACAUGGGCCAGCGGUUUAACCUGUCCUUCACCUACUACUUUCUGCUCGCGCGUCAGCGGUUUGUGUCCAUAGGCCGGUACCUUCCCGGCUGGAUGGCUGCGUUGGUGGCAGUGGUGGUGCGGGUGAUGGUGGCGUGGCUGAAGCUCGGUGGUGACUUGACAGUGAAGGGCAACAACGACAACGAUCGUGCUGAUGUUGAUGAUGUUCUUGAUGAUGAUUUUGACGAUAAUGGUGAUGGCAGAGCGAGUGUGGAUCGUGGUGGUGAUGGUGAUGCUAGUGGUGGUGAUGAUGGCAGCGAAACGCGGGACACAUCCGCAGUUGCGGUGCGGAGGAACCGCGCCCGAAGAGAAGGAGAGCAAGCACAAGAUGCUCAUGCUGCUCGUGAUGAUGUUGAUGUUGGCGGUGGUGAUGAUGAUGGCAGCAGUGAGGAGGAAGUGGUAGCGGAGGAAAGAGACAGUGAGGGUUUGGAUGAGAAAGGAACGCUUGCGUCGUGGUCAUCAUCAUCGUCGUCGUCGCUGUCAUCAUCAUCAUCGUCAUCAUCAUCUUCAUCUUCCCUUUCAUCAUCGUCGCUGAACGAUGAUGAGGAGGGGGAUAUGGGUGCUGCGCCAGCAUCUGUACUUCACAGCAAUACCCCUGCACAGGCAGCUACCGCUGCUACUGAUGAUACUCCGGGCACCUGCGUUGCUGGGCUGCGUCUCAACCAUCUGCCUUGGUCGAUCAGGUCACGGACAGUGGCAAUUGGACAGGCGGUCCUGUUGUCCGUUGCAGGAUUCGCACUGCCGCUGGCACUCGUGCUUCAGCAGCAGCAGCAGCAGCAGCAGCAGCAGCUGCUGCAGCGCGCGCCGACAGAUGCACACACGUCGCUGUUUGGAGCAGACUCGCCCACGCUCAACACAGCGAAUGCAGACGCAACGCAGUCGGCGUCAUCAGUGUCGGCUGCGUCUCCGUUGCUGUCGUUUGAUGACGUCGUGCUCGCAACCGCCCGCGCACUCGUCAAUAUGGGAAUCACCUUCCACGUCGGCAGCAACCCCGCUCCGGUCUCAUCAUCGUCACCACCAUCAUCGCCAUCAUCGCCAUCAUCACCGCCAGCAGUAGAUCAGGCAGUGUCGGCGUUUGUUGCGCGCACCACGGCGCCGCUCCCCGCUGACACAUCGACAGCUGCGCUGGUACCCGUUGUGUAUGCAAUCGCAUGCACCCUCGCGUGUCUUGCUGGCGUUGCGGCAGCCAGAGCCACGGCCAACGUGCUGCUGGAUGUCGCUGGUGACGGCGAUGACGACAGAGGCGGUGGUGGAGAUGAUGAUCAUUGUGAAGGUGAAGCAGAUGAUGCUGGAGAUGGUGGAGAUGAGCUUGGAGGGCACGUUGGUGACAAGGAGAACACAACCGUCACUGGUCCCAGUGGUGAGCCUGCCCCUGCCCCUGCCACGGCUCGAAGCGAUGAGGAGGAGGAGGAGGUGUGGGCUGCGUUGCCAGUUGUGCUGCUGCUGGUUGGCGGGAUGCUGUGUGCAACGGUGAUGGUUUUGAACCUUGGCAUCUUCAUCGCCAUCUUGUCGCUCGGCUGCUGGCCUCUCAUGCUGGCAUCGCUGUCGUGCACAAUGCGCAGUCAGACCGAGAGCAGCAACCGUUGCCAUUGGCGUGAUGACAGACACAGUGCCAUCGCCAGCAGCGCCAGCAGCGCCAGCAGUGAGAGGCGUGGGUGGUGGGCAUGGGGGAACUGUAAGGCCAGGAUGCGGUUGUGGGCAGCGCGGUUUGUGGUGUGUUCUGUGCACCCGGUGAGUGUGAUCGCGGCGCUUACUGCGUGGUCACCCGUGGAGGUGGGGAUGAUAUUCGCACAUGCGCGGGCGUUGCAUGCUGUUUGCGUGUGGCUCCACCCGCUCGUGUUUGGUGUCUGGGUACCCAUGGCCACGCUCGCAUGCUUCCUGGUCACGCGGUGAUCGAAUACACAAUUUGUAAUAAGA